UUGGCCCAAGUGGGAACCGAAAUCUUGGGUGAAACCACUCGCCUGGGCGGAGAUUCAUGUCCCAUGCUUCGUGCAUUGCGUUUUGCUGGCGUUCUUUUGGCAGUGAGUUCGAGCGCGGCUGAAUUGCUAGACGAAUUGACGGACUUCAGCUGUGCAUUGGUCCAACGAGGGGCACACGCAGUGGCUCGAUCAUCCACUGCCGCGUCAGACUCCACCAGGCUGGAAGGGACGCUGCAGCGAGCUGGUGAAGCAGCAGAUGCAAUGUCCAAAGACGCGGAGUUCUUGGUGCGAGAACUGUCCCGGCUCGAAGAAGCUUUGGGUCAUCAGCAAAAGCGCAGCCCGGCCGCCGACCCGGUCGCUCCAGCAUCGGACCCAAACUCCGAGGAGCUUGCCCGAGCGUUGGCGCCCAUGUUGGACACUGGCAUCUCUUUGGACUUGCCGAAUGCCACAGACACUCAUGCCGUGGGAUUUGUGGGCUCUUCAAGCGCGAUGCAAUCGAGCCUGCCUGUGUGGAUGCAAUCUGCAAUAUCCUUCGGCGGUGAGCUGACACCAGUCGCCGGUGAAGCUGUUUGGGGCAGCCUCAUUGUACUUGUGUUGUUUGCAUGCGUUUGGCUCGCUUGGUGCUGCCUGCAGCCAGCCAAGGCGGAACCCGAGGAAACGGUCGACCUGUUUGGAGGGAUGUUUGCCAAUUCGCAGCCGGCAAAUGUCGCUUAGGAUCGUUGUCACUGCCCACAAGUGUGUGGCUUUGGCACACUUUCGGCAGCAUUCCUGCCUGUUGACAGCAAGACGGCUGUUCCCUUCAAAUGCGGUGCACCGUCCAAUGUAAUUCUGCCCGUCCAAUAUAAUCUGGAGGAAAGA